AUGUCUCUUGAGGAGUUGCGGAAUCAGCUGGAGGCCUUAAAGGUGCAAAAUGCGGCUCUUCAAGCCCAGGCCCAGCAAACUGAGCCUGCAACAGCUGACACUGUGGUAUCAUCUAAAGGUGUAUGUGGUGUUACUGUCAAGCUGCCUCCAUUUUGGGCCGACCGUCCAGCAGUGUGGUUCGCCCAGGCCAAGGCUCAGUUCCAUCUCGCCGGCAUUAAAACCGACAUCACUAAAUUUAGUCAUGUCAUUAGUAUAAUCGACCAAAGGCUAAUUGGUGAAAUUGAAGAUGUCAUAAUGAACCCGCCAGAAGAAGACAAAUACAAAAUCUUGAAAGAAGAACUCAUAAGACGCCUUUCUGUUUCUGAGCAACAACGGGUGGAGCGACUCUUGAGUAGUGAGGAGCUCGGGACUCGCAAGCCCUCUGCCUUCUUGCGCCACCUUCAAUCUCUUGCAGGUACAGCCAAGGACGAUACCAUCCUGAGACAGCUCUGGAUGAGGCGGCUGCCGGGGCAGGUCCAGGCUAUACUCACCGCCCAGUCAGACAUAAGCUUAGAAAAGCUUGCUGAGCUGGCGGACAAGAUCAUGGAGGUGAAUCCAAGCCCACAGAGAACAACGGGGGAGAUCUCGCAACAGAUCCAGACCGCGCAGCAGAAGCAGAAGUAA